UUGUGUGUGUGUAUGUGUGUGUGUUUGCUGCUGUCAAUCGACGCAUUGUAUAAUUGUAAGAUUGUUUUGAUUUUAUCAAAAGAUAAUAAUUAACAAUAAAAAACUAAUCAGGUACUCCUAUAUUUGAAUAUAAAUAAAAUAAAAUUCAAUUAAAGUGUAAAUUGGAGUAUGGCUGAUAUACAUAUGUCACAACAACAAAAACAACAACAACACUCUAUGGAAACUCACAGCAUUCCUGUGUGUCAUCAUUAAAACAUAGGCGUGUGAUAUGUACAUAGUCCUCUUGUUAUUUUAUUACAACAAAUAUUAUUUUACAAUAAGCUAUUAAUGCAAGGUAUAUGAGCUUGAUGAGCUGCCUUGAAAAAAUUAAUUAACAUUUCCUUAAUAAUCAAUUAUUAUUUUAAUUAAAAAGACGAAAAAUAAAUAAAACUUGAUUAACAACAACGUCAACAUGCAAUGGUACAACAAGUGUUAUUAUUCUACACAUUAAAUUAAUUGGUGACACUUGGACAAUUUGAUAUUGGUUUGAUGAGUCUUGUUGGAAAAAUGUAUGACGUCUUAGUACAGCAGGAUGCCUGGUGUUACUGGGUCAUAUCAAUUGCUGUAAUAGUCUCUUUGGUUGGAUUUAUCCUUGCUUGUAUUUGCAGCUGUCGACAUAAUGACAACAAAACAAACAGUGCAAAUAGAAGUCUUCCAGAUAUACCAAAAGAUAGAAAUCCUGGUCUCAAUGAUAGUGGCUUGACAACAACAACUCAAGAUGUCAUUUAUGAGGCAAAUGAAGUUAUAAGUGAUCCCUCAGAACUUUAUGCAACUGUUCAAGAUAAAAAUAUCAUUGGAAAAAUAAAUAAUGAACGAGUAACACGUGCAAGUUCACAAGAAUCAUCUUCAUUGGCUGAGGAUGACAGUGGAUAUCCAUAUGCAAGAUUAAAUCCUGUUAAAACUACAACUGAUGAACAUCCAUAUGCACAAGUACAAAGUGUUCAAAAAACAGAACCAAAACGUAAAAAUAGUUUUAUAAAUAAUCCUAGUCAAAACGCUGAUUCAAGUAUAGCAUCGAUUUCAAGCAAAUCAACAAAUCCAGUUGCUCCACCAAGAACACGUCGUUCAUUGUCACAAAAUUCAUUGCUCAAUGUUGAAAUAUUAACUUGUGAUAUACAAGCAGCAAAUGCAAUAACUGGUGGUGUUCAAGCAAAUCAAGAUUUACCAUACAUGACACCACCACUUUUAAUGACAUUACCAAGAUUACCUGGUAAUAAUACAUCUCAAACUCAAUUACAUUUAAAUUCACAAAUUCAACAACAACAACAAUUACAAUCACAAUCACAACAACAGCCACAACAACAACAACAACAGCAGCAGCAGUUACAACAAUCACAACAGCAACAACAACAACAGCCACAACAUUUUAGUGGUGAUUCACAAGAUUCAAAAGGUUAUACGAGUAUCAGUGUUCGUGAGCCAUUGGCUAAUAUUAUUGCACAAACUAAAGCAGCACAAAGUCGUCAACAAUCACAAAGGCCAUCAGCUGAUUCUCAUUAUGCCACUGUUUCUGAUGAUUCUGAUGAAAUGUAUGCUGCAAUUGAUGAACAAGAAAAAAUAUAUACAAGUGGCAGUGAGACAUAUGCACAAAUACAGCCAAUGACAACAGCUACAACAAUUGAAACAAAUAGAGUUGUUGUUCAUAAUAAUGAACAGUUGCUUGUUAUACCAUCAUCAUCACAUAAUAUACCAGUAAUAGUAGGAGCAGCAGCAGCAACAACAACAACAACAGCAAUGACAACAACAACACCAGCAACAACAACAGCAGCAACAGAAUUAGUUGAUGAUUCUGUAUUUACAGCACCUCAACCACCAAGUGUUGACAGUUUGAGAUAUGUUGCACAUGCACACUCAAGACAAGCAUCAUCAUCAAGUGCAACAAGUUCAAUUAUUAAUCCAAGCUCACCAAAACCAGAAAAACGUCAAGCAAAUUCACCAUUACCACCUCCACCACCACCUCUUCCAGUUUCUUCUGUUGAUGAUGAUGAUGAUGAUGACAACGAUGACAAUAAUGAUAACAUGUUGAUUGAUCCAUAUGCAUUAAUUGAUAAAAUAUAUAAAACAAAUGAUAAUAAUAAUCAGGUAAUGAUUAAUAAUUGUCAAGGACUUGCUGUUGGUAAAUCACUGGAAGAUAUGUAUGCCAAAGUUAUGAAAAGAAAACGUGAUCCUGAAGAAGAAAGAAAUAUACUUACAAAUUUAAUUGAUUCAUCAUCAGCAAGAAAAUUAAGUGUUGUUGAUGUAUCAAGAAUUUCAUGGUCUAGUCGUGAUUCAAUGGAAUUUUCAAAAAAAGAACCUGAAUCAAAUCCAACAACAAUAACAACAACAACAAUUACAUCUACUGUUACAUCAACAGCAACAACAACAGCACCAGCUUUAUUAUCAAAUAAUAAUCCUUCAGAUUUAUUAAAUAUGCAUGCAAUUGAAUUUGCCAAAGUAUCGAGAAUAUAUGAACUUGAUAAAACUCCAGAAUAUGAAGAUGAUGAUUAUCAAAUAUCAUCGUCAUCAUCAUCAUCAAUAUCAAAUACAAGAGUACAACAAAAAGCUACAAGACCUCGAUCAAAUGUUAAUUUAAAAAAUGUCGAUUCAAACUAUGAAAUAUUAAAACCACAAAAAUUAUCAUUAAAUAAUAAUAAGAAUAAUAAUAAUGGUGUUGAUAAAAAUGAAAAAUCUACGAAUUCAUCAUCAAAUUUAAUGAAAAAUCAUAAUGGAAUUGAUGUUUUACCAUUUUAUUCAGUUCCAUUAAAAAAUCGUCAAGUUAGUAAUGCAAGUAGUGAAGAUCCUGGCUAUGAAAAAGUACGUUUACGUAGACGUAAUGACAAUGACAUUGAUAAUGACAAUGAUAAUGAUGAUUCAGAGCCAAAUUAUGAAAGUAUGCCACAUGAGCCAAAUUAUGCUUCAGUUUGUCGACCUGGUGAUAGUGAUACUGAUCCAAAUUAUGAAUCAGUUAAUAAUAGUGAUCCAAAUUAUGAAAGUGUUAGAUAUGUGACAACAAAUAAAAUUCAUGAACAAAAACAUCAAGAACCACCGUAUGAACAGGUAAAUGCAUUUAAUAAAAAUUUAAAUAAAUUCGAUGGAUAUGAAAAAGUUAAAACGAAAAAAAUUAAAAAAAAAACAACAACAACAACAAGUGAUGAUUCAAAUUAUGAAAAAAUACAAAUAAAUGAUGAUGGUAUGAUGGACAGUGUUGACAUCAGUGAUGAUGAGCAAUAUGUUCAAGUGUAAAUUUUUAUUUUUUUAUUUUUGCCAUUUACGACUUAACAAUAAAUAUUAUUAAUUAAUUUGGUAUAAAGGUUACUAGUUAUUAUUAUUAUUAUUAUUAUUAUUGAGGGGAUAUAAAUCAAAGUAGAAUUUUGUUUUUUUUAUUUAUUAAUAAAAUUGAUAUAUAAAUUUAAAUAAUAAAUGUCUGAAAAACACCCAACUACCGUAAUGAGGAUAAGACUGAUGAAGACGAGAAGUGAGAAAUGAAAUGAAUUAAAUAUUAUCAAAAAAAUUAACAGACAUAAUUACGGAACAAUUAUAAUAUUAUAAUAUUAUAAAUAAUAGUCUUGAAUUUGAUGACAAAAAAAAUAUAUUCUAUCAAAGUAUUAUAUUUCAAUUUUCAUAUAAAAUAUAUUUAUUUAAAAAAUAUACAUUCCACUAUAUUAUUUUUAUUAUUAUUUUUGUCAAUACACAUACAUUAAUAUGUAUAUUUAAAAACGAGGCCAUAUAAAUAAUUAUUCAGUGCAAUUGAAUUUGAAAUAUAAACUCAAUUUAUUAUUAGUACAUUAUAUACUUUUUUUUGUACAAGAAACCGUAUGAAAAUAUUAUAAUCUAAUUACCGUAAAAUAAUUAUAAUAAUAUAUUUAUAACAAAUAAAUACAAAUGCAAUAAUUAAUAAUUGAACUAACUUUAACAACUGGUUGCGGUUGACAGUGUCAACAUGUAUUUUUAAGUUGAAUAAUAAUAUAUAUAUAUUUAAACAAAAAAAAAAAAAAAAAAAAA